AUGGCUACAGAUUGGAUCAGCAAUCUCCCAGAUGAUGUUCUUGGCAAAAUCCUGUCUUUAGUUCCGACAAAACUUGCUGCUUCGACCGCUGUUCUGUCCAAGAGGUGGAGGAAUUUGCUUCCUCUGGCUCUACUUGACAGCCUUGACUUUGAUGACUCGAUGCUUAUUUAUCCCGACAGGGAUGACGGAGAAGAAGAAGAAGCAACGAUUCGUGAAAGAAGACGACACCUCUUCUCCGAUUUCGUGGACAAGACGCUUGCUCUCUUAAGCAAUUCUGCUCGCAUCAAGAGAUUCUCUCUGAACUGUGAGGACGAGGAUGACGAAUCUCGUGUCAAUCGCUGGAUCCGCACAGCUCUGGAACGUGGCUGCUUGGAUCUCAACUUAGCUCUCGAGACUGAUCUCCCUAUAGACUCUGAGUUCUUCACGAGCAAAGCACUGGUCAAGCUCUCAAUCUCCCGCGGAUUCUAUACUGGAGAUAGUCUUCCUUGUGGUGGUGUGCUCUUCCCUGCGCUCAAAACACUUUCUCUCGUUUCGACAUCGUUUGACUAUACUGGCUUCAUCCAUGGCUGCCCCGCGCUAGAGGAGCUAUUCAUGCAUGAAUGGAGGAAGCACUUCUCGUGUCCACACGUCAAGCGGUUAACCAUCACUUAUCCUUUUGUUUACUUCUGCCGUAAGUCUAGAGUUAGUCUAAAGACACCGAGUCUUGUGUACCUUGAUUACGCUGGUUUCGUCGCUAGAAAAUAUUCUGUUGCUUUGGAUUCGCUUGUGGAAGCUAGGCUGGACAUACGGUUAUAUGACCCGCCAAGAGUCCCUGGUACGGAUGAAUAUUAUGGAGAUGUUACGAGUUUAAUUCAGGGGAUGAGCAACAUCCAGAGCCUCCACUUGUCAUCUCAUUCUCUUGAGGUGUUUUACCAUUGUUGUGAUUCCAUGCCGGUGCUCAACAAGCUCCUUACUUUGUCUAUCGAGAGUGACGACGAAAAAGGCUGGCAAGCAAUGCCACGUCUGCUCAAGAGCUCCCCAAAUCUACAGACUUUAGUCAUCAAGGGUCUUACGCACAGAUUUGUUUAUUGGGGAACUUGUAUGCUGUUUGUCGAGGAGGGAGUAUGCAGUUUGUCGAGGUGUCGAGUGAAGGUGCUAGAGAUUUCAGGGUACGGAGGAAGUCUUAGAGAGCUGAAACAGCUGGGGAAUUUCUUGGGGAAGUUGGAAUGUCUUGAAACUGUGAGAGUUGGUGUUGAUGAAGAGGACAAUAACAAGUUUUUGCGAGAUCCUCUAAUGGCUCUCCCCAGAGUCUCACCAAAAUGCAAGAUUCUGAUUCUUCCGUUGUAG